AUGGCUAGGGUUUUUCCUCAAGCAGCCAUCUCUUCACCGUACAUGAGUACGGAGAGAGAGACUUUCACGGUUUGGAUGAAAUCUCUGGUUUACCAAACUAACGGUUUAACGGUUUACAAUUCCAACGGAGAGAUUACUUACCGGGUCGAAAACUACGACAAAGCUACCAAUGAAGUCCACAUCAUGGAUCUCCAUGGCAACAUUCUUUUCACCAUCCGCAAAAAGAAAUUAUGGUUCUUUGGGAGUUGGUAUGUGUAUAGAGAAGGUGGGAGUUUAUCAAGCACUGAGGAAGUGAAACCUUUUGUCAGAAUCAAAAGGUCUUCAAUUAGAGAUGGAGAUUGGGAAGUUCGAGAUGAGACCAGUGAAGUCUUUUGGAUUUUAAGAUUUGAUCCCAAAUUUGCUUUUCAGAUCAUAGACACCAAUGGAGAUAUCAUUGCACAGGUAAAGCCAAAACAAUCAUCAAAUGGGAUUACACUUGGAGAAGAUGUAUUAACUUUGGAGGUGAAACCACGUGUCGAUCACUCACUCGUUGUGACACUUGUCACUGUAUAUGGUUUAAUUAAGGGAGUAGUCUAA